AUGGGCAAAAAUAAAUUAAAAGUUAAUUUGAAUAACAAAUCAGAUACAAAUACAAAUACAAACAAUAUAUAUUCAUUAAAAAAUCACCCAGAAUUAGGUGAAAAUAAUCCAGCAUUAGAAAUGAUAAAAUUAGCUAAUAUGUCGGAAAUAAAAAAAGACGAAUUAGAACCAAUAGAAAAAUAUAACAUUGAAAAUAAAGACGACGAGGAUGAUGAAGGUAUGGAAACUGAUGAAGAUGGUGAUGAUAAAAUGGAUAAUGAUGAAAAAACAGAAGGAAAAAAAUUAACACACAGAGAAAAGUUUUUAUUAAAAAGAAAAUUAAAAGGAGAAGUAGUAGAUUUAAAACAACAAAGAAAAAAAUGCAAAAAAACAAAUUUCCAACAAAAAAAAGAGAAAAAAUUAAUAUCAAAAGAAAUACACGAAAAAGUAAAUGCAACAUUAAAGAAAAAGAAAUAA